AAUUAGAGCACGCAGGGAAUCGGAUGAAAUCAUUCACAUUUUACCUUCAGGCAGAGUGUGGACACACACACACACACACACACACACACACACACAAAAAAAAAAUCUCUUCAGAGUGAAAAAUUGGAGACUCCUACCAGUGACAUCCUCUGGUGAAAAGUGAUUACUGCAGUCACAACAUGGAACAAGAGAAAUAAAUGAAUGCUUCCAAAAAUAGUUCUCACCUUGUGGAUAAUAUUCAACCACUUUUAGGUUGCGGCCAAUUCAGCAAAAAAUGCUGACGGCACAUUCAGUGUGCACUGCACUCGACUGCAUGUGUGAACCAUGUAUGAAGUGAGGAAAUGACUGUGAUCCUCGUGGUGCAUUAUGCCAGCUCUUCUCUGGGUUUGGGAGGAGGUAUGUUCUAAUUCUGGCCAAUCACAUAGACAGAUCUUUUUUUCUUUUCUUUUUUUUUUUCUAUCCUGCUCAGUGACUAUGCCUGUCAGGCCCAUUUGUUAGAAUAAUUAUAUGGCUGUUAACAGCAUUGCAGCUUAAAAUAAAGUUAGUGCUGCGACGGCUUAAAGCAGCAGAGGCAUCGCACAAAAUGGCUGCUGAAGAUCAGGGAAAAAAAAAACUUUCAAUGAUGAAGUAUUUUGAUUGUAUUCAUACACACGGCGACUGUGUUUCACUUCCUGCUUGCAUUACAAUCAGAGGACUAUGGGUGUCCUGGACAGAGACAUGCAGUGUCUCUGUUCUCCCUCUCUCUGCUCAGAGUGAGCUCUGCUCCUCUGGUUUAUUUUGAGGUGGUCUUAUCACAGCUGUUGUAUCUGUGGUAGCAGCUUGUCCCGAGCCCCUCGACACUCUUCCUUUUCCCACUCUGGCCCUUGGUCCUGUACAGCUCAGAAUAAUGGAGGCUUGUCCUGCACCCACGGGUCCCGAGGCGUCGCCAGCCGAGGGUCGGCACAUUGACCUGACAGAGGACCUGGCCCAGCAGCUGGAGGACAUCAUUAGCACCUACCAGGCUGACGAGAUUCCCGCUGAGCCAGAGGACACAGAGGAGGUCACAGCCGUCAAAGAGCCAAACUCCCGCAAGGACCAGAAACUGGAGAAGAAGAUGCUCAAAAACCUAGGAAAAGAAGCCAUGCUGCUGAUGCAAAGUUUGAACAAACUCAACACUCCAGAACAGAAACUGGAAGCCAUCAUCAAGAAGCACGCUGAGCUGUUGGAGGAGCACCGGAGUGACCAGAAGCAGCUUAAAGUUCUGCAGAGGAAGUUGCUCCAGGUGAUGAAGGAGAAGGACCAGCUGCAGAGCGAGCACAGCCGGGCAGUGCUGGCUCGCAGUAAACUGGAGGGGCUCUGCCGAGAGCUGCAGAGGCACAACAAGACCUUAAAGGAAGAGACCCUGCAGAGGUGCAGGGAGGACGACCUGAAGCGGAAAGAGAUCACCACCCAUUUCCAGGGGACGCUGAGUGACAUUCAGGUCCAAAUCGAGGAACACAGCAGCCGCAACACCAAGCUGUGCCAGGAGAACAGCGGCCUGGCAGAGAAACUGAAGGGGCUCAUUUCACAAUACGACCACCGAGAGGCGAACCUGGAAAAGGUCUUCAAACACAGAGACCUGAAAGAAAAGCUGCUGGACACCAAACUCACGCAGGCCAACAUGAUACUGAAGGACACAGAGGACAAGCACAAGCUGGAAAAAGAGCUUCUGCUAAAACAGGCGGCAGCAUAUAAAAUGAAACUGAAGGUCAUGAAGGAGCAAGAAAGCGAUAUGAGGAUCCAGCUCGAGAUGUACUCCAAGAAGUUUGAUGAAUUCCAGGGCACGGUAUCAAAGAGUAACAGUGUCUACAGCGACUUCAAACAGGACAUGGACAAAAUGGCCAAGAAAAUGAAAAAGCUGGAUAAAGAGUGCCAGUCGUGGAAGAGUCGCUUUGAUAGCUGCAACAAGAGUCUCGUUGACAUGGUGGCAGAUAAAACAAUCAAGGAAAAGGAGUCUGAGCUCAUCACCAGCAAGAACCAAAAGCUUGAGAAUCUGUGCAGGGCUUUGCAAGAGGAGAGGAAGAGUCUCUAUGAGAAGGCGCAGGCAGCUGGAAGUCAACCACACAACAACAGUGCUGAACCAACAGAGAAGGAGGGCCCAGAGGAGCUGGAGACCCCUAAAGUCCCUAAAGACGAAGACCCCGUCCAGAAAACUGCAGCUCCUGCCUCUGCUGCCCCCGCCGGGACACCAACACCCAAAACUCCAAUGACCAAGGAACUGGCUGAACUGAAGGCUGAGCAGAGCCGCCUGAAGGAGAUUGCCGGCUCUUUUACAAUCUCUCACGUUAUACCCACAGAAACAGUCGUUAGCCAAUCACAAGGACUGUCUGAGGGCGUCCAGGAGCCAGAAGAGAACCACAUAGAGGCGAUCAACGGCGAACACCUCCAGGAGGUCGAGGAGGACGGAUGCCAAGAAGAGAGAGAUUUGGAAAUGGAGUCAGUUGAUUAAUGCUGCAACUAACGCGGUAAAGAAAUCUGGCUCGUGUGAGAUUCAUAGCAAUAAAAAGAAAA